CUCCAGGGAGAGCUGGCGGGCCUGGGAAAGAAGCUGCGGGCGCUGGGCAGGUCUUGGUGGAGAGGGACGCAGCCUUGGCACCAGGAGAGGGGGCUCUCGGCCAGGACACAAAAGGCGAGGGCGAAGCGGCGAGCGCAGGAGAAGGCAGGGAUCCGAGGAGGGCUGAACUCUGUCUUCGGCCGAGGGAGCCAGGCUGCAGGGCGGUCGAGUCAGACGGGCAGAUAGACGAGGAGAGAGCGGAGCUGUGACACCCUGCGCAGGGACUGGGAGCCGCGUCUGGGCGCCGGGCUGCCAGGCAGAGGUCCCCGGCCCGGGGGAGCAACGGGAGAAGCCGAGCUGUCCCAGAGCCGCCAGCCCCUUGCGGGGUCCCGCAUGGCCCGGCUGUGAGGGGCUGCCCGGGGGAGGGAGUCCAGGGCGAUGCUGCGCCUGCUGGAAGCCGAGCUGCUCUUCGCUUCCCUGCUCUCCGGCCCCUUCCCGCCGCUCUCCGGGGAUCGGAAGAGCGAAUCUUGUCCCGAGAAUAAAAUCCUGACCGUGGAAUAUUCCUGCACAGGAGCAGGCGGGACACCGGCCACAUGCUUACGGAGGAAGUGCUGUGAGGGCUAUAGAUUUGUGAUGGGCCAGUGUAUCCCAGAAAGCGUGGACGUGUGCGCCGACUUCCCGUGUGAGCAGCAAUGCACGGACAACUUCGGUCGUGUCUUGUGCACGUGCUUCCCUGGCUAUCGCUUCGACAGAGAGCGCCACAAGACUCACCUGCACCCUUACUGCCUGGACAUCGAUGAGUGUGUGGAAAGCGGAGGUGCCGUCUGCGACCAGCUGUGUACAAACACCCCGGGCAGCUACCGGUGCCAUUGCCAGCGUGGCUAUUACAUAGCGUCUGACGGGACAACCUGCCUGAAAUCCAGCAACGGCACCACAGUGGUCAAGUCGGAGACCCUGAUGGGCACCAGGUCCUGCUCCAUCACCUGCGAGGAGUUCACCAGUAUGAAACAGACAGUCUCCCAGCUGAGACACAAGCUGCUGCUCCCUGGCUUGGAUAAUGAGAGUGGGAAGUCCUGGAUGAGGAUUAACCAAAAACCAGCAGACCGUCUUCCUGUCCUAGGGCCCCCAGGUCCCCCGGGGCCUCCAGGUGACCCGGGCGCAACAGGGGAGAAAGGGAGUCCAGGGGCAAUCGGACCUCCAGGGCCUCCGGGAACCCCAGGGCCCCGCGGGGACAUGGGGCCAAUGGGACCGUAUCCUGACUUUGCACAUAUCAAAAUCGGACGGAGGGGACCAGUGGGCGCUCCUGGGGCACCGGGAAGGAAUGGCCAGAAGGGCGAACGAGGAUACCCCGGUCCCCGAGGGCCACCGGUAAGAAUGGAAAAACAAUUAGCAGCACAGAGUAUCAGGCAAAGCAAGGGUCAGAAACCUCAUCCUGGGCCCCAAGUCCCCACUGCCUUGUUCCUUGGGCAAGGCCCUCCGGGCUCCUUUGACUUCCUGCUCCUGAUGAUGGCCGACAUCAGGAAUGACAUCAUUGAACUACAGGAGAAAGUGUUUGGCCAGCGCCGGAGGAUGGAGUUUGAGAUGCCGUCUGCCAACAGCAGGGACUCUGAGGUGCACGAAUGGGGAUCCGGCCAGGAGGAGCUGCUGCGGGGGCCUAGACCCACGCACUCAGCCACAUGACUAGGUGGCAGACACCCGCUCCCCUGCAGCUGGACUCAGGAGUCGCCCGCGCUCCAGAGACAUUGCUUGGACACAUGAUGCUCCAGGAUGUUCCGUGGUUGCCAGACACUGCAGCUGAUUCGUCCCCUUGGGCCAAGCUGAUCCACCCAUCACAGUCGCUGUCCAGAGCAGAGAGUCUAUUUAUUAUGAAUGCUAAAUGUUAUAUUUUUACACUAGAAAGAAUGGAAAAGGGGUAUUUUUAUAAAGGUGCUUUUCUGUCUCUUUGGAAAAGAUGAGACAUUCUCCAGAUGCAGUGAGGAAGCCCUGGAUUUGCUUCUCCGCAGCAGCUCAGUUUCUGCCAGCAGUUUAUAUCCAGGGGAAAUGUAGGGCAAAUGAGCUGGAAGGAAGGAGUAAAACACAGAGGGCCUGAUUGUCUUCUCACUCCAGUUUUACACCAGGGUCACUGUGUUGAUUUCACUGAGGUUGCUCCUGGUUUACCCUAGUGUGAGUAGAAAAUCAGGUGCGGAUAAAAUCUCAGAUCCCUGCUGAUGUGUCCAAGGGAGAAUUCUUUCCUGACUUCAGAUCUGACCCUCUGUGUAAUCUUACUCCAGAAAGCUCGGUGUAACACCUACUCGGUAUGAUGCUCUGUCCCUCGCUAGCGAUGGCAGGUUGAUGAGGCUGCUACAGCUGGGUCUUUUAGCUCAGACAACGGAAGCUUAUGGUUCCAGAUCCCCACUGCCAAUAACCCACUUGGUAGAAAGAGAGAGGCAGAAGACUAAGGGCAAUUAGUAAAAGCUCACUGUACAUCCAGGGCCCUCCUCGCCUGGGGAGCUGGUGUCACUCUUAGCCCUGGGAUUUCAUCCUAAGGAACUGCGAGCACAGGUUACGUCCAUAAAUACUAAGGGCGAAAUGCAGCUGUGAAUCAAAGCUGUUAUCAUUUUGCACUUUUCCUCUUGUAAAUGACACGAAUCUGGUCUUGCAUGCCCUUACCAGAGAUGGCAAUGGAAAUAACUGCAAACAGAGGAAAGUUAUCAGGUUCCUUCUCCAGCUCGCUGGAUCUGAGGAGAAUGUUGUCAGAACAUGAACAAGGGAAUGAGCCCCUCAUACUCUCUAAUAAAGGCCCGCUAAUGGGUUGCAGUCUAA